CUCGUGCUAAUCACCUACCCCGGGCGGUCUUGAAUAUAUGUUCUGUGCGGUUAAAGGUGUAGGAUAGUCUUGCAAGGGAAAGAAACGGUCUUGUCUACCAGUACAAUGAGAAAAUACCCGUCCCUCCUCUCCCUGGCUCUGGUCUGCUGCUGCUGUAGCAUACAGGCUGAAGUCUUCACCUCUAUAGGUCAAAUGACAGACCUGAUAUACACAGAGAAGGAGUUGGUUCAGUCCUUGAAAGAAUACAUCAAAGCAGAGGAAUCCAAACUAGAUGCUGUGAAAAGCUGGGCCAACAAGCUGGACGUGCUGACGCGUGCCUCCACCUUAGACCCGGAGGGCUACCUGGCCCACCCCGUCAACGCCUACAAGCUGAUGAAGAGGCUCAACACGGAGUGGUCCGAGCUGGAGAGCCUGGUGCUGCAGGACCCUUCAGAUGGGUUUAUCUCCAACAUGACAGUACACAGGCAGUACUUCCCUGACCAGGAGGAUGAGAAAGGUGCUGCCAAGGCACUGAUGCGUCUCCAGGACACGUACAAACUGGACUCUGAGAGUUUCGCCAGGGGCAAACUGCCAGGGAUGCACCACAACGCCAUCCUGACAGUGGAUGACUGUUACGAUAUGGGGAAGACGGCGUACAACGAGGCAGACUACUACCACGCAGUGCUGUGGAUGCAGCAGGCCCUCAGGCAGAUGGAUGCAGAGGAGGAGCACGUGGUGUCCAAGGCCGAUGUCCUGGACUAUCUCAGCUACUCCGUCUACCAGAUGGGAGACCUGCCCCGCGCCAUCGAGUUGACACGCCGCCUAGUGGCCAUCGACUCUAGCCACCAGAGGGCAGGAGAAAACCUGCGUUACUUUGAGAAGCUGCUGUCCAAGCAGCUGAACGAGCUGAACCAGGAGGGCCAGGAGCCAGCCACCGAGGAGCCCAUCCAGCUGGGGACCUACAAGAGACCCAAAGACUACCUGCCUGAAAGGGAGAUCUACGAGGCCCUGUGCAGGGGAGAGGGAGUCAAAAUGACCACUGAGAGGCGCAGCCGGCUGUACUGCCGCUACCAUGACGGGAACAGGAACCCUCGUCUGCUGCUCCAGCCCAUGAAGGAGGAGGAUGAGUGGGACAGCCCACACAUCGUCCGCUACCUCAACGCUCUGUCAGACCAGGAGAUAGAGAAGAUCAAGGAGCUGGCCAAGCCCAGGCUUGCGAGAGCUACUGUUAGAGACCCCAUAACAGGCAUUCUGACCACAGCAAACUACAGGGUAUCCAAAAGUGCGUGGCUGGAGGGGGAAGAGGACCCUGUUAUUGAACGCGUCAACCAAAGGAUAGAGGACAUCACAGGUCUGACAACGCAGACUGCCGAACUACUCCAGAUUGCUAACUAUGGGGUCGGAGGACAAUACGAGCCACAUUUUGAUUUCUCCAGGAAAGAGGAACCUGAUGCUUUCAAAACAUUAGGCACUGGAAAUCGUGUGGCUACUUUUUUAAAUUACAUGAGUGAUGUUGAAGCUGGAGGAGCCACUGUGUUCCCAGACUUUGGAGCAGCUAUCUAUCCCAAAAAGGGAACUGCAGUCUUCUGGUACAACCUCUUUAGGAGUGGAGAGGGAGACUACAGGACCAGACACGCUGCCUGUCCUGUGUUAGUAGGAAGUAAAUGGGUGUCCAACAAAUGGAUCCAUGAGCGAGGUCAAGAGUUUAGGAGGCCAUGUGGCCUGACAGAAGUGGACUGAACCGAACCUCUCACCACUGAUCUCAGACUGGAGGUGUACACUCUACCUAUAGUGCCUGAACAUUUUAUUGAUCUCUCUCUCUCUCUCUCUCUCACUCACACACACACACACACACACCCUACUGUGGUAUCCAUUCUGGCUUUUAACAUGGAGUUGAGUCUUGACUCUUCAGUACCUAUGCAGAUAAAAGGAGGUGGAUAUGUGAAUAUACUGUGGGUAUGUAGCGUUAAAGGCUCUAAUUUCUUGUUUUGUUUAGCAUUAUGAUUUUUUGUUUAAAAAAAAUGACAUGCAUAAUCACAUACUGACAGCACAACCCAAUGAGAACUUUGUUUUCUGUCCACUACAUUUGCAUUUACAGACUGCUUAAAUUAUUACACCGUAUCAUUGUGACAUUUUUAAAAAUGGAAAAUGUGAACCACAAUAAACAGUGUCUUUUAUUAAUGCCCCAA